AUGGAGAAUGCAGACAAAGGGGAUGGCAAGGAGAAGUACAGGGGCCUGAAGAACAACUGUCGGGAACUCGGAAAGAAUCACUCAAAAGAAGAACUCAAGAAAGAAUUAGAUCUGGAUGAUCACAAACUCAGCAGCAAGGAAUUGGAAAAGAAAUACAGUACAAACAUUGUUAUGGGUCUCUCUGGCGCUCAAGCUGCUGAGCGUCUAGCUAAAGAUGGGCCCAACGUCCUCACACCACCCAAGAAAACCUCAGAGAUGGUCAAGUUCAUGAAGCAAAUGAUGGGGGGCUUCUCCAUCCUUCUGUGGAUAGGUGCCAUCCUGUGUUGGAUCGCCUUUGGGAUUCAGUACUCUGAAGACCCAUCUACAUCCUUCGACAAUCUGUACUUGGGAGCUGUACUGGUCCUGGUUGUUAUUUUAACAGGGAUCUUUGCAUACUACCAAGAGGCAAAAAGCACCAACAUUAUGGCCAGCUUCAGCAAGAUGAUUCCACAACAAGCUCUGGUCAUCCGAGAUUCAGAGAAGAAGACCAUCCCAGCAGAACAGCUGGUGGUGGGAGACAUAGUAGAGAUAAAAGGAGGGGACCGGAUCCCAGCUGACAUCAGGCUACUGUCUGCUCAAGGGUGUAAGGUGGAUAACUCCUCUCUCACUGGGGAAUCUGAGCCCCAAUCCCGCUGCUGUGAGUUCACCCACGAAAGUCCUUUGGAGACCAAGAACAUUGGCUUCUAUUCCACAACCUGUCUGGAAGGUGAGACCUGGAAGAACUUGUCUUCUUCUCCUGCAGGUACUGCAACUGGCAUGGUCAUCAACACGGGUGACCAUACCAUCAUUGGUCAGAUCGCUUCCCUCGCUUCUGGUGUUGGAAACGAGAAGACACCUAUUGCCAUCGAGAUUGAGCACUUUGUCCAUAUUGUGGCAGGAGUGGCUGUUGCCAUUGGUGUCCUUUUUUUCAUCAUCGCGGUGUCCAUGAAGUAUCGGGUCCUGCAAUCCAUCAUCUUUCUUGUUGGCAUCAUCGUAGCCAAUGUGCCCGAGGGCCUUCUGGCCACUGUCACUGUCACUCUGUCACUGACAGCAAAACGGAUGGCCAAGAAGAAUUGCCUGGUGAAGAACCUGGAGGCAGUGGAGACCCUGGGCUCCACCUCCAUCAUUUGCUCAGACAAGACUGGCACUCUGACCCAGAAUAGGAUGACCGUGGCCCAUCUGUGGUUUGAUAAUCAGAUCUUUAUGGCUGACACCAGUGAGGACCAUUCAAAUCAAAUCUUUGAUCAAAGCUCUGGAACCUGGACAUCCUUAUCAAAGAUCAUAACGUUGUGUAACCGAGCUGAAUUCAAGUCAGGACAGGAGAGUGUCCCCAUCAUGAAGAAAGUUGUGGUUGGAGAUGCCUCAGAAACUGCUCUCUUGAAAUUCUCAGAGGUCAUUUUGGGAGAUGUGAUGGAAAUUAGGAAACGGAAUCGCAAAGUAGCUGAGAUCCCUUUUAACUCAACCAACAAAUUUCAGCUCUCCAUCCAUGAAACUGACGACCCCAAUGACCAGCGCUUCCUCCUAGUGAUGAAAGGGGCCCCCGAGCGGAUUUUAGAAAAGUGCAGCACCAUUAUGAUCAAUGGCCAAGAGCAGCCUCUGGACAGGAACACCACUGAGGCCUUCCAUACAGCCUACAUGGAGCUAGGGGGCCUCGGGGAGCGCGUGCUGGGUUUUUGCCAUCGCUACCUACCAGCAGAUGAGUUUCCAGAAACUUAUUCAUUUGAUGUAGAUAACAUGAAUUUUCCUACUUCCAACCUCUGUUUUGUGGGACUCAUGUCACUGAUUGAUCCCCCACGGUCCACAGUACCUGAUGCAGUCACUAAGUGCCGGAGUGCAGGAAUUAAGGUUAUUAUGGUCACAGGUGAUCAUCCAAUAACAGCCAAAGCCAUUGCCAAGAGUGUAGGUAUCAUUUCAGCCAACAGCGAGACAGUGGAAGACAUUGCAAAACGUCUCAACAUUGCUGUGGAGCAAGUUAACAAGCGGGAUGCCAAAGCUGCAGUAGUAACUGGUAUGGAGCUGAAGGACAUGAGCCCAGAGCAGCUAGAUGAUCUCCUGACCAACUAUUCGGAGAUUGUCUUUGCCCGGACAUCACCCCAGCAGAAGCUAAUCAUUGUGGAGGGCUGUCAGAGACAGGAUGCCGUUGUUGCUGUGACAGGAGAUGGAGUGAACGACUCGCCAGCUCUGAAGAAGGCAGAUAUAGGGAUUGCCAUGGGCAUAGCAGGCUCAGAUGCAGCCAAAAAUGCAGCCGACAUGGUUUUGCUGGAUGACAACUUCGCAUCCAUUGUCACAGGGGUAGAAGAAGGUCGCCUGAUCUUUGACAACCUAAAGAAAACUAUCGCAUACACCCUGACCAAGAAUACCGCCGAACUGUGCCCCUUCCUGAUCUACAUUAUGGCUGGGCUGCCCUUGCCCAUUGGCACCAUCACCACCCUGUGUAUUGACUUGGGCACGGACAUAAUUCCUUCCAUUGCCUUGGCUUAUGAGAAGGCAGAAAGUGACAUCAUGAAUAGGAAGCCUCGCCACAAGAAAAAAGACAGACUGGUGAACCAGCAGCUUGUCACAUACGCCUACUUGCACAUUGGUCUGAUGCAGGCCCUGGGAGCCUUUGUGGUAUAUUUCACUGUGUAUGCGCAGGAGGGCUUCCGCCCCAGUACCCUCCUAAACCUGCGGGUGAAGUGGGAAGAUGACACCGUGAAUGACUUGGAAGACAGCUAUGGGCAGGAAUGGACCAGGCAUCAGAGGCGAUACUUGGAAUGGACAAGCUACACGGCUUUCUUUGUUGCCAUCAUGGUCCAGCAAAUAGCUGAUCUGAUCAUCAGGAAAACCCGAAGGAAUUCCAUUUUACAGCAGGGCCUCUUCAGAAAUAAAGUCAUCUGGGUGGGAAUUGCCUCACAGGUCAUCAUUGCAUUAAUCCUCUCCUAUGGCUUGGGAAGCAUCAAGGCCCUGAAUUUCACUAUGAUCAGGCCUCAGUAUUGGUUUGUGGCUGUGCCACACGCCAUCCUGAUUUGGGUGUAUGAUGAGAUGCGAAAACUUUUGAUCAGAAGGUACCCAGGCAGCUGGUGGGACAAGAACAUGUAUACUUAAGACCACCUGACUUCUUCACCCUCCCAGCUGCACAUUGGGG